CACGUUGCGUAAAUAAUAUUCAUGAGCCAAGCAUUCGCCGUAGUAGGAAUUGUGAAUUCGUAUUCAAGACUGGCAGAUUCACUUCCAGGUGCUAGGAGACACGCGGUCCACUCACAAUUCAACACGAACUGCGUUCGGCCUGAUAAAUGCGCAUGCGCAGCAGCACCGUCCUCUCUGUUUCCUGCGCACAUUGCCACGUUAUUAGCGGCAGACACAAAAUUCAAGCGACACUUCAGACAGUUAAAGGUGAAAGAAGACCCGCCGCGCUAACAAUUUCUCCGGUUUCCAUCACGGUAUUAUUAAUAGUUGGCACGUUUGGAGGUGAUCCGAGAUGCUGAAGUUGUUGAUUGUGUGCGCACUAGCCGCUAUGAGUGCGGCUGAUAUCGCCGAGGAGGAGGACGUGCUCGUACUGAAGAAAAGUAACUUCGAGGAGGCGCUCAAAACAUACCCAAAUAUCCUUGUUGAGUUUUAUGCACCAUGGUGUGGGCACUGCAAGGCCCUGGCCCCUGAAUAUGCCAAAGCAGCUGGUAUGCUGAAAGCUGAAGGCUCAGACAUCAGACUCGCAAAAGUGGAUGCAACGGAGGAAUCAGAGCUCGCUCAGGAGUUUGGUGUUCGUGGAUAUCCCACCAUCAAGUUCUUCAAGGGAGGAGAGAAGGAGAACCCCAAGGAGUAUUCUGCUGGCCGACAGGCGGAUGACAUCGUCAACUGGCUGAAAAAGCGAACUGGCCCUGCAGCUACUACUUUAACUGAUGUGUCACAGACAGAGUCUCUUAUUGCUGAUAAUGAGGUUGCAGUCAUUGGGUUCUUUAAGGAUGUUGAAUCAGAAGAUGCCAAAGUCUUCAUUAAAACCGCAGAGGCUGUGGAUGACAUCCCCUUUGGCGUCACCUCAGAUGAUGCAGUCUUUUCAAAGUUUGAAGUGGCCAAGGACGGUGUUGUUCUUUUUAAGAAGUUUGAUGAGGGUCGCAAUACAUUCGAUGGAGAGCUCAGCAAAGAAAAGCUACUGACCUUCAUCAAAUCCAACCAACUUCCCCUGGUCAUUGAGUUUACAGAGCAGACUGCUCCAAAAAUCUUUGGAGGUGAAAUCAAGUCCCACAUCCUAAUGUUUGUGCCCAAAACAGCCAAAGACUUCCAGGAUAAGAUGGACCAAUUUAAGAAGGCAUCUGAGGGCUUCAAAGGCAAAAUUCUCUUCAUCUUUAUUGACAGUGACGUGGAUGAUAAUCAGCGAAUUCUGGAGUUCUUUGGUCUUAAGAAGGAAGAGUGCCCAGCAAUCCGCCUCAUUACCCUAGAGGAAGAGAUGACCAAAUACAAACCAGAAACCUCAGAAAUUACAGCAGAGAACAUCGUCACCUUCUGCACAGCCUUCACAGAGGGAAAACUCAAGCCUCAUUUGAUGAGUCAGGACAUUCCUGAUGACUGGGAUAAGAACCCUGUCAAGGUCCUGGUGGGCAAAAACUUUGAAGAGGUUGCCUUCGACCCCGCCAAGAAUGUCUUUAUAGAGUUUUAUGCCCCAUGGUGUGGUCACUGUAAACAGCUGGCCCCCAUCUGGGAUCAGUUGGGUGAGAAAUUCAAAGACAACGCAAACAUUGUUGUGGCCAAGAUGGACUCCACAGCCAAUGAGAUUGAAGCUGUCAAAGUGCAUAGCUUCCCCACGCUCAAGUUCUUCCCUGCUGGUGAUGACCGGAAGGUAAUUGACUACAAUGGUGAGAGAACGCUAGAUGGAUUCACAAAGUUUUUGGAGAGUGGAGGAAAAGAAGGUGGGGCACCAGCAGGAGAUGAUGAUGAAGAAUCUGAUGGUCUGGAUCUUGAUGAUGUAGAGGAGGGUGAUUCAGAUGUGGAAGACGGACACGAUGAGUUAUAAGAGUCCGGAGGAAAAGGCGAGACAAACCCCUUCACCACCUCCACUUUAAACCUCCCUGUCUGUGAACACUAAAGCUUUUCCUAACUAAUCCAACAGCCACCGGGCGUUACAGGGUCUUCUUUCAGCCAGUUGUCAUUACCAGUCCAGCCCAACCAUCUUCAGCCUAGAGAAGUGCCUCUCUGCCCACAACAACUUUAUCUUUUUGAAGUUCUACUGUACAGUUUAUUUUUUGCAUUAAAAUGUAUUAGGUUUUUAGGUUUAAUUCUAAUGGUAAUCUGUUGAACUGCUCUUUAUACCUGCCCACUACCUCCUUUUGUGAUCCGGGGGCUCAGUGUUAAGAUUUUGCAGUAUAAUGCUGGAAAUACUCUCCUGAUGAAGGACGGGGACAGCCAGAUAUUCUGCCUUAAUUCUGUGAUAUGAAUGAGUGGACAUUUCAGGGCAGAGGGGCUAUAUGUCACUUCACCUUUGGGCGAAAUAAAAUUACAAUAAUGGGCUGCUAUUACAGUGAGAACAAAACUUAGCAGAGACCAAACUGAGGUACCUUCAGUGUUUCAUUAGUCAAUCCACAUUUUCUUAUUCCUUUUCCAAAUUAGCACCUGCUACUGAAUUAUUUUUAAAGAUGUAAAAGUGGAGAACUUGUUUUAUUUAAUUUUAUUUCAAUUAUUUUCUUUUUUUAUAAUCUUCCAUACUGAAGGGCCCAGAAACAGCACUUUUGUUGAAUUACCUGGGGCAGAGUUGGCCCUCUCAACUUUCUGGUCAUCUGGGAGGAUGAUUUGAAACCUUGUUUUGCACUUCAUUCAGUGCCAUCAGAGAUUCCAUAUCAGUUACUGAAAUGAAGAUUGAUCAUCUUGUAAGGACAAUAACUCUCCCAUACCCUUCCUGCUUUCCAUCACUUUAGUGGAAGAUUCCUUCCACCUGGAGGUGUAAUGCCAGUUGACGACGUCUGAGUGGUCAGUGUGACGGGGAGGAGAAAGUGUGCUUGUAACCAACUUAAUCUUAUCCCCUUAUGCCAGAGUUCAGGGUUGUGCGUGUGCGAUUUGGUUAACCCUCAUGUUGUCUUUCUUUAUUUUUCUAGGAGCGGUGAAUUUCAGGGGUGAUGUUUAAAGAAAGGGAGGGUUUAGGAAUUCAAUUGGGAGGGAUUUGUCAACAUGUUUGAGACAAAGCAUUCCAUUGCAUUGAAAUUGAUAACGUAAACUGGUGGCCAAAUAAACAACAAAAUGGUAAUAAAUGUGUUUGUGUUUUAUUUGACGACUUUCUAUUUGAACCCUCUAGUGCUCUUUGGUCACUUGAAUUUUUUUUAAUUUUUAAAAACACAGAUUCAUCGGAAUUGUACGAAACUUGGUGACUUAUGGCAUUUGGGAAGUGAACACAAAAAAAUUGAGGGCUUGAUUUGAGCAGGUUAAGUGGUCGUAAAAAAAGAAAAUGGUCCCGCUUGUGGUCUUUGGUCAAAAAUGGUCGACCAUAGUAAAUGAAUGGGAAAUUGACAAACACAAAUUCUGCAAAGUUUUGUGUGCAAUCUACAAAGCUGCCAUAAUGCUGAAAAAAGUACACAGCAAUGGUGGGGUGAAACUCCAAAACACCAAGAGUGCAAAACCAACACAUCCAUACACACUUAUACACACAUACUUAUGAACUGGUGUUACUGUAACACAGCAAAUAUGUAAAAUAAAAGCAAUGGUUCAACUACAAUGCAGUAAAAAAAAUGGACGGCAAGGAAGGGGUUACACUCUAAAACAUCAAGAGUGCAAAACGGACACAGCCACAUCCACUCACAGACACAUAAUUAUACACAUUCAAAUUAAUUGAUAUGGCUCUAGCCAUAUCAAUAGUUGUCAAGCUAAAAUAAAGAACAACAACAAAAGUUAUGCAGCCAAUGAAAAGAAUGGGUUCUUGGAUAUAGAAUUUCAAAAUGACUGAAAUUACUGCCUUGUCAUCCCACAAUGCUAUUAUGUGACUUUAAAACUGAUCAAUUCUUUGAACUGCUUGACAUCAAUUGCCAUUGAAAGCUCUCCUAAGAGCUGCAUUAACAUGUUGGCCAAAUAAACAGUUUAUGGGUUUGGAAUGA